AUGACAGCAGAAGACGACAAUAAAUCCGUCUCUACGUCUGAGGCCGUCACGCCCCCCACUGGUGAACAGGCUACCGAUGCGCAAGGCCAGCUCAACGCGGCUAUCGACGACCUCCUCGACCAACUGCAGCAUAAAUUCGAUAAUGUGUCGCGGGAGAUGUUUGGGAAGUUGGAUGAUAUGGCAAGACGACUUGAUGAGUUGGAGGCUUCGUUGACAGUUACUGGGGAUUCGAGUCCGGGGACGGGGCCGGCGAGCCCAACAAAGUGA